AUGAUAGUACUAUCAUCAGCUACUCCCACUACAAAAACUACCAUAUCACCACAAUCACAUCAUAUUCCAAAUGAACAAGAACAACAAACAUCAUCCAUAUUAAGAAAUAAUAAUAAUACCACAAAUAGUAACAACAACAAUCAAAGGAUAUCCUUUGAUAAUGAUAACAACAACAACAGGAAUAAACUCUCAACAUCAUUAUCUUCAUAUGGCUCAGCUGAUAGUCAACCAACAACUAUCAUACAAUUAACAACAACUAAUUUAAUACAAAAUGUACCUAAUGACACAGCCGCCGAUGUUGAACCUUCAACACCAACUUCAAUAAAAGGAUCACGAUCAGAAACUUCAGAAGUAUCUCAUGAAACUGCACCUUCCUCAAUAGAGAAUAAUCAUAUAGAAGUAAAUGAUACACUUUUUAAAGCACCCACUACUAUUCGUACUUCAAUAGAAAUUGAUCCUUUAGAUGGCAAUCACAGUCCAACUCCAAGUUCACAAUCAACUAUAAAGAAUACUCCAAUUAGUGCAAAUAAACCUACAUCAACCGCGAUUGCACAUUCUACAUCAUUACCCGCAACCACAAAUAUAAGGCGACACACAACUUCAUCUAUUGGUAUCACCAGAGCACAUUCAUUACAUACAAAGGUAAUAACAACUCAUAAUAAAAUAAUUGAAAUUCCAACUUCUACUACAACCACCACCACCACCAACACCGCCACCGCCACCACUACCGCCGCACGCAUUCAUCCAAAUAGAACAGAAUCAGCCAUUGCAUUAUCAAGACAUUCAAUAGCUUUUGAAAGACCACUUUCAAGAAGUACAUUUCCUGCAUUCACUUCACAUCAAGAAUUACCAAUAUCGACCAAGAAUGAUUUACAAAAAAUUAGAGAUUCAAUCUUAAUGAAACGUAAUUUAAAUAAGAAAAAAUUAAUGGAAGAUGAUAAUCGAGUUUUAAUGGGUAAUAAAAUUAGUGAAGGACAUGAAAAUUUCGUUAUGGCUUAUAAUAUGUUAACUGGUAUUAGAGUUGCUGUAUCACGAUGUUCAGGAGUUCGGAAAAAAUUAAUUGAUCAAGAUUUUAAAUCAACUAAAAAAUUAUCAUUUAAUAUGGAUGGAAGUGAAUUAACUCCAAGUUCAAAAUAUGAUUUUAAAUUCAAAGAUUAUUGUCCCGAAGUAUUCCGAGAAUUACGAUUAUUAUUUGGAAUUGAUCCAGCUGAUUAUUUAGUCAGUAUUACGGGGAAAUAUAUCUUAUCUGAAUUAGGAUCCCCGGGGAAAUCAGGUUCAUUCUUUUAUUAUUCCCGAGAUUAUCGAUUCAUUAUCAAAACCAUUCGACAUUCCGAACAUCGACAACUCCGAUCUAUUCUCAAAAACUACCAUCAACAUGUUAAAGACAACCCAAACACCCUAAUCUCCCAAUUCUACGGGCUUCAUAGAGUCAAAAUGCCAAUCAGGGGCAAAGGAACACGAAAAGUCCAUUUCGUAGUCAUGAACAACCUAUUCCCACCCCAUCGUGACAUCCACCUCAAAUAUGACCUAAAAGGAUCCACUUGGGGUCGAAUCACCAAACUCGACCCUAAUUCCCCUCCGGAAGAAAUCUCAAAACAUACCCUAAAAGAUCUCAAUUUCUUACAAUCCCACCAAAAAAUCCAAUUCGGCCCCGCUAAGAGAUCACAAUUCUUCAAACAAUUAGAAUCAGAUGUCAAAUUCCUCGAAUCUAUAAAAGUCAUGGAUUAUUCCCUCUUGCUUGGGAUUCAUGAUGUCAAAAAGGGGAAUACGACAUAUAACCAAACUGGCCUUUCCGUAUUCGAGCCCCCACUGUCUGAUAAACGGGCCCUCAUAGCUACAAACCCUCGUGAUCUCAAGUAUCAGGAUUUACCCAAUGAUGUAUUCCCCGGCCGAUCGAAAUAUGUCUUUUAUGGCCAUGAUGGGGGGAUAAGGGCCACCAAUGAGGAUGAUAAUUCUCCAUUGGGGCAGAUUUAUUAUUUGGGGAUUAUUGAUUGUUUGACGGGAUAUGGACCCAAGAAGAGGUUGGAGACGUUUUUUAGGGGGUUGGGUGGCAGGAAUAAACGGGAGGUUAUUAGUGCGGUGCCGCCACGGGAAUAUGGGGAGAGGUUUUUGAGGUUUAUUAAAGAAGGAACGAGUGGUGGGAGAAGAGGAGGUGAUAAGGCCAAGAAGAGGGAUUAG